GAGUUAGCCAAUCGGUUCGUCAGCGGUGAUAUGGGCGUGGAUGAAUUUCUGCGCGAUUUUCUGCCUCUGCGAAAACUUUGCAAUGAAAGACGCUUCAAAAGUGAAAAACUCGCGGAAAGUCUUUCCAGCUCCCGUCCGGUUGUACCCAGCAGGCCCACAUUAGCGCCGGCUCCGCUUCGGGAACCACCGAAACCCCCGAUCCCAGCAGCUUCAAUCAACUCCGGAUCCGGCUCAUUGUAUCCUGAUUUGUCACAACCAGGCAACACUCCGAAUAAUAGACCAACCUUUGGCUUCAAUAUGUAG